AUGACAAACCUAGAUAGCAUCUUAAAAAGUAGAGACAUCACCUUGCCAACAAAGGUCCGUAUAGUUAAAGCUAUGGUUUUCCCAGUAGUGAUGUAUGGAAGUGAGAGCUGGACCAUAAAGAAGGCCGAUCGCCGAAGAAUUGAUGCUUUUGAAUUAUGGUGCUGGAGGAGACUCUUGAGAGUCCCAUGGACUGCAAGAAGAUCAAACCGAUCCAUUCUUAAGGAUAUCAGCCCUGAGUGCUCAGUGGAAGGACAGAUCCUGAAGCUGAGGCUCCAAUACUUUGGCUACCUCAUGAGAAGAGAAGACUCCCUGGAAAAGAACCUGAGUUGGGAAAGAUGGAGGGCACAAGGAGAAGGGGACGACAGAGGACGAGAUGGUUGGACAGUGUUCUCGAAGCUACCAGCAUGAGUCUGACCAAACUGCGGGAGGCAGUGGAAGACAGGAGUGCCUGGCGUGCUCUGGUCCAUAGGGUCACGAAGAGUCGGACACGACUAAACAACUAAACAACAACAGUAUCCACGCCUCAAGCCAGAUCUGUUGUGUGUUUACUCUGCUGAGUAACGUGUGCUCACACACAGCAGCAUGAGUCGCAGACGUCCGUCGGAGGAGGGUGACUGAUGGAUCUCCGCAGCGGCAAGCCUGAGAAGGGAGACGCUCCAGCUGGGAUCUGUCCAGCUGGCUUUCCAUCCCACGGUUCCGACAGUUGUGUCGUUCAUCCAUAGCAGUGACCAGAGGAGGAAUGACUGCACAACGGGGACGCCUUUCUCUGCCCCAGCUGCAGAUGAAAACUUGUCUCUUAUGUAUCAGUCUCUACAGCCACAGAAAGUGAUGUAACUCUGCAACAGUUUGACUUCACCCCUGAUGGUGCACUUUUCCACGGUUUCUCAAGACAGACAGAUGCCAACAACAGGCCAAGGGCUGCGAAAAAGUUUUUCAGUACAAUUUUAAAACAAACCAAGGCUGACAGUGAAGCAAUGCCCAAGUGAAUGGCUCAGUUGUCAAACCUUCACAGCACCCAUCAAAACCAACCCUACAUGUGCCCACAUCUCCCUUCUUGAACCACUGUGAACGGUGGAAUUGGCACUCUACAGGUGCCACGUAAGACCCUGUUCCACAUUUGUAAGAAUGA